CACAGACUGACACUGACGGAAAAAAACAUAAACAGAGUGGACGGACGGAGUUUACUGAUUUUUUCUAAUUUGACGGCGUUUUAACUUUAAUACAUCGUUUUAAACCCUCAAGAGGAGAUUUUUAUUCACAAUAGUCAAUUAAAGAGAUCAAAAUGGCGUCGGAAAAUUAUCCCAAGAAGAUGCUAGAUGGGUGGUACUGCCGCUCUAUAGCGAAUAUGCAGGCUAGUGAAGCUGCCAGCGUGAGCAGCAACACUCCUGCAGAGUCCACUCACGCUCGGGACUCAAACAACUAUACAAGUGACAGCAGCAGUGAACCUGAGCCUGAACCUAAUUUUAGAAUUCAAUAUCUUAAUCUCAAGAAGAAGCUGAAGUAUUUGAUUUAUGAAAAUGAAUGUUUUCAAGAUGCUCUUAGGUCCAGUCAGAAAAGAAUGCUCAAAGUAUCUAGAGACAGAAGUUUUUUGCUGGACAGACUCUUGCAGUAUGAAAAACCUGAGAGUACCACAUCUGAGAGUGAUGAUACAGAGUCAUCAGAUGACACAGAAUACAAUCGCAUGGAAGCUAUAAAACGAAAAAAAAUUGAAGCCAGUGCAGCCCAUCAAAAUGUUUCUGCACCAUCAACCCUCAACAAGGGGCCCAGUGCUGUAAAAAGGAAGAGAGCAGUAGUAGCUAAAAAACCUCAGAAUGCCAGUAAUGUUCAUCCAAAUGCCGGAGCAAUGAUGGCGAAAGCGUCACCUGCUCUCGGGUUCGGAUUGUCAGCGGGAGACGGCCACAUGACGCCCGAAGAGGUUGAGCGCCACUUGCAGUCGCGGCAGUCUUACCUGGAGCUCCUGCCUGAGAGGGCGCCGCCGACCGUGCCCACUGAGAUGUUCAGCAAUGAUCCGUCACUGGAUAGUGAAUCAAAUGACGUGUUGGAAAAUUCACCAAAUGUAGAAGAAUGGUUUGAUUAGCAUUUCCUCACUUAAUGUUAUUAGGAUUAUCGUUUAAUUUUAUUAGUUUGUGUAUGUAUAAGUAUACACUAGUACAAGUACGAUAGACUAUUUAUUUACAUCCCCUUUUAAAAUUUACUUUUAUGAAAAUACUUCCUGCAUAAUAUUUAUUGAAUAUUUACAAGUAUAACGGGGUCGGCAACUAGGGACUUUUUCAAUUUAAAGUUGCGGCUCUUGAGUUUGGACGGAACAUUAUUUGAUUAUUAAAAGCAUUAAUCUAGUCCUCGCUGGAGAGACCAUCAAACCGGUCUGUACGCCAUGCCAGUCGAUCUUCGGGUCAUUGGACGGGAUUCUACGUGCUUACGGACCAGGCUUUACAUACAUACAUUUUAGUGACUACAAGAACUGGAAAAUUGUAAAUUGUUGCUUUUAGUUCUUCCAUCUCGCAAGGUUGUUAACUGUGGUAGGACACUAGGAUAUCAUGCAAAUGAAACAUAAUCUAAUAUGUGUAGGAUAAAUAUUUAUUAUUAGACAGUUACAAUAUGAUUUUCGAAGCGCAAGAACAAACAUCUAUCUCUAUACUGAAUCAUCACACUCAAAUCUCAUGCUAUACAUUUGAUAA